AUGAAAUCCUCAGCGAUUAGGGUUUUCUUGAUCUGUUUCUUAUUAGUCACCCCUUCCAUUCAUGGAGAGGAAUCCGGCACGAAUAAAUUUCGAGCCCGAGAAGCUACCGAUGAUGCUCUUGGUUACCCUGAAAUAGAUGAGGAUGCGUUGUUGAAUACACAGUGCCCUAGAAAUUUAGAGCUGAGAUGGCAAACUGAAGUGAGUUCUAGCGUUUACGCUUCUCCAUUGAUUGCCGAUAUCAAUAGUGAUGGAAAACUUGAUAUCGUGGUUCCUUCUUUUGUUCACUAUCUUGAAGUUCUAGAAGGUUCUGAUGGAGACAAAAUGCCCGGUUGGCCUGCAUUCCAUCAGUCAACGGUGCAUGCGAGUCCUCUCCUGUAUGAUAUUGACAAGGAUGGCGUGAGGGAGAUUGCUUUGGCUACCUACAAUGGUGAAGUUCUCUUUUUCAGGGUGUCAGGAUACAUGAUGACUGAUAAACUGGAAAUACCCCGUAGGAGAGUUAAAAAGAAUUGGUAUGUGGGUCUGGAUCCAGAUCCUGUGGAUCGUUCUCAUCCAGAUGUUCAUGAUGAACAACUUGUCUUGGAGGCUGCUGAGAAGAAAUCAGUGUCUCACACAACUGGAAGUGCACAUCAAAAUACACCUGAAACAGACCCUUCGAUUUCUACAUCAACAGAAAAUAGCCAUCCGGCAAUUGCAUCCAUUGAGACUGAAAAGAAAAUGAACGACAAUCAAACAGAAACAAUUAUCAAACUGCCCUUGCAUGUGGAUAAUUCUUCUCUAGGUUCUGGGUCAAAUGGAACCGAUAAAGCUGAGAGUGGAACCAAUAAUGCACAGAAUGGAACCAAUACAAUAGAGAAGGGAACCAAUGAUGCACAGAAUGGAACCAAUACAGUAGAGAAGGGAACCAAUAAUGCACAGAAUGGAACCAAUACGGUAGAGAAGGAAACCAAUAAUGCACAGAAUGGAACAAACACUGGGAGAAGGCUUCUCGAAGAUGACAAUUCAAAGGGUUCACAGGAAGGUGGCUCAGAAUCUAAAGAGAAUGACCAUGAAAAUGAUCAUGUAGCAACUGUUGAAAAUGAUGAAGGGCUAGAAGCUGAUGCUGAUUCAUCUUUUGAGUUAUUCCGUGAUAGUGAUGAAUUAGCUGAUGAGUAUAGUUAUGACUAUGAUGAUUAUGUUGAUGAAUCCAUGUGGGGAGAUGAAGAAUGGACAGAAGAGAAACAUGAGAAAUUGGAGGAUUAUGUGAAUAUUGACUCACAUAUCUUGUGCACUCCUGUGAUAGCUGACAUUGACAAUGAUGGAGUUGCUGAAAUGAUCGUUGCAGUUUCAUAUUUCUUUGAUAGCGAGUAUUAUGACAAUCCAGAGCAUUUGAAAGACCUUGGUGAUAUUGAUGUUGGGAAAUACGUUGCCAGUUCUAUUGUUGUUUUCAACCUCAAUACAAAGCAAGUUAAGUGGACACGAGAACUGGAUUUAAGUACGAAUAAUGCAAACUUCCGUGCGUAUAUAUACUCUUCGCCUUCAGUGGUUGAUUUGGAUGGUGAUGGGAAUUUGGACAUUCUUGUUGGGACUUCAUUUGGCUUGUUUUAUGUCCUGGAUCAUCAUGGAAAUAUUAGGGAAAAAUUCCCUCUUGAAAUGGCUGAAAUUCAAGGUGCUGUAGUUGCAGCUGACAUUAAUGAUGAUGGAAAAAUUGAACUGGUGACCACUGAUGUACAUGGAAAUGUUGCUGCAUGGACAUCACAAGGAAAAGAAAUUUGGGAAAGGCACCUUAAGAGUCUUAUUUCCCAGGGUCCAACUAUAGGCGAUGUUGAUGGGGAUGGUCGUACUGAUGUUGUAGUUCCUACAUUAUCAGGGAACAUAUAUGUUCUUAGUGGCAGGGAUGGUUCUAGUGUUCGGCCUUACCCAUACAGAACUCAUGGGAGAGUCAUGAAUCAAGUUCUUCUUGUUGACUUUAGUAAACGUGGAGAGAAGAAAAGCAAGGGACUCACUCUUGUUACAACAUCAUUUGAUGGUUAUCUGUACCUUAUAGACGGACCGACUUCUUGUGCUGAUGUUGUUGAUAUUGGCGAAACUUCAUAUAGCAUGGUCUUGGCAGACAAUGUUGAUGGUGGUGAUGAUCUUGAUCUCAUAGUUUCAACCAUGAAUGGAAAUGUCUUUUGCUUUUCAACUCCUGUUCCACAUCAUCCCCUGAAGGCUUGGAGAUCUUCUAAUCAAGGAAGAAACAAUGUAGCAAACCGAUACAACCGCGAAGGGGUGUAUGUUACACAUUCAUCAAGAAGUUUCCGUGAUGAGGAGGGGAAGAGCUUCUGGGUGGAAUUUGAGAUUGUAGACAAGUAUAGAUACCCUUCUGGGUCCCAAGCGCCUUAUAAUAUCACUACAACCCUGUUAGUUCCUGGCAAUUAUCAAGGGGAGAGACGGAUAACGCAAAGUCAAAUCUUUGAUCGUCCGGGAAAGUAUCGGACAAAACUUCCAACAGUUGGAGUGAGGACUACUGGAACUGUUUCGGUGGAGAUGGUUGAUAAGAACGGGCUGUAUUUCUCGGAUGACUUCUCCCUUACAUUCCACAUGCAUUACUAUAAACUUCUCAAGUGGCUCCUUGUCCUUCCAAUGCUUGGGAUGUUUGGUGUGCUUGUCAUCCUUCGUCCACAAGAAGCCAUGCCCUUACCAUCAUUUUCAAGGAACACUGACUUGUGA